GAGUUUGUGAGCCUGUCGUAGUGGCUUCGAGCACGUCAGCCUCCACGACAUCAUGCGCUUGCUGCCCACGCCACGUCGUCGUGUUCUCACGUCAAAGCGCACGGGCUUGGAUGAGGAAUCUUGUUCGCGUCCACAUGGGUGGGCGACGACGCUGGUCCAUAAAUAGAAAUGAAACCUGGCUGACGGCGCGGCCACGCAAUUUGCUCUCGAUGGAUCCCGAAAACCAAGCCAACAUGCUGUGCCAGGCCAGAGCCCAAAUUGACUUGGGAGGCACGGCAGUAGUAAAAACAAUCGGUAAAAUGCUCGGACAACAAGAGUCGGCCCGCAUCUUGCAGCGCGUUGCGCUUCCUCGAGGACGCGUUGGGACCACUCCGAAACAGCGGGUUGCCACAAAGUACACUAGCACGUACGUGCGCGCGUGUCGAGCGCUGUUUGGACCAUUCGACGGCCAAGGGUACAUGGAGCUGAACCAGCUCAGACCCAUGUUGGAACGCCAUCGUCUGCUCGACCCACACGAUGAAGGCGCUGCUGCCAAGCUUGACGCGUGGCUGCAACGCCCCCGCGACGGACACAUCACGUUUCUCGAUUUUGUCGACGCUUGUUUCACCCUUGUGGGGCCGUCUCUGGCUGCAAAGUGGAUGGAUGGUACCACGUCACGGCACGACAUGUCGCCGACGACGAGCCUCUCGACUGUGUCGACGGCCACAGACUCUCGUCUUCAUCCAUUCGACGCCAUGAAGGACCAGCACAAACACGCGAUGGAAUUUUCGUACGCAGACCACGUCGAGACUGACCCAAUGCAGGCGCAGCGCCUGCAGGACGCGACGACGCUGUCCCAUUCCCAUAGCCUAGUCAUGGACACCCCGUAUCGGUGUAUUCGCCGCGUGGUCAGCGAACAGGACUUGCAUGAACAAGCGGCGGGCGACACUGCAAAAAAAGCCGUCAAGGUCAAGGCCCAGCGCCACUUGGCGUCGGAGCAUCGGAAAAAGGUGGAAGCGCGCCAGGCACACGCACGAAACUUCUCGUGUAGCGUUGGCAUGGUGGCACGCCACAUUCAGAUCGGCGAAAUCAAGGAGAAGCGGCAGCUCGGCCUACAGGAGAGAGUAGCACUUGUGAAUUGGCGAAAGCAAGACGAUCAACGAUCGCGGUCGGAGAUGGAAGACUUCAAUGCGGUUCGUGGGACGACCCUCUCAGCCGUGGAGCACUCGUUUUUGGUUUACGCGGUAGCGUGUCAAGCUGACCAAGAUCCAAGACAUGCACUUGAUGAAGGCCCACAUGCAUGACAAGCUGAUGUUUGAGCAGCAGAAGAAGGAAUACAGGGAAGAGAUGAUUCGGCGGCAGAAGGACUUGUUUACAAUCUCCGACUCGACGUGCACGCUGUUGCGACGGCCGCCCGAGCUCCUCGCGGCGUUGGCGGGGGUACAAACUCCAAAGCAGCAGAAGAUGCUCGCUAUGGCAGAACGCCGAUACGUCGAACAAAGCCGAAGCCAGCAGCUUCGCGAUUACAAGCACGACAAGGACGAUGCCAAACCAAAACGGUACCUGCGAGCGCCCAUCAUCGAUGUCGACCAACAAGACCCAGACAAAGCAUGGCACAACGAAGAGGCCGAACUCACUGCUGCAAUGAACGCGUUGUACGCCGAGUGGGUGCAGGAACAGAGAGACCUGUCGCCGCUGAUCCCCACUGCGAAUUCGCCGCCUGCAGCGCUGCGGUACUACGGCACGAUCAAGCAAUUGCCACCGUCGCCGUUUAUGUCAUCCACGGAGCGAUAACGUUCAUCCAUUUACUACUCGUGGGCUCGAGUGAAGUGUUGCAUGACCAAGAGCGCAAGCAUCGAUCCAUCGCUGCGUCGACCGUGGCACGUCACGGACGAGAUGCUUGCUACAUGUAUUGUGUAUGUGCAAUGUGUACGACUUCUGUAUUUUGGCUCCUG